GUAACGGCGGGGAAGCGCUGGCGCUGUUAAAGCGCAGGGCGCAGGCGCGCGGCGGGGUGGGUGCGGUGCGGGGUAGAUGGCGCACUACAAGGCCGCGGACUCCAAGCGGGAGCAGUUCCGCCAGUACUUGGAGAAGUCGGGGGUGCUGGACGUGCUCACCAAGGUGUUGGUAGCCUUAUAUGAAGAGCCAGAGAAACCAAAUAGUGCACUGGACUUUCUGAAGCAUCAUCUGGGAGCUUCAGCUCCUGAGAAUCCAGAAUUAGAGGCACUUCGCUUGGAACUGGCAGAGAUGAAAGAAAAAUAUGAAGCUGUGCUGGAAGAAAAUAAAACCCUGAAAAGCAAGGGGGCGACGUGGCACAGAUGGACUAACUGUAAACUAAAGCAGGACCUUCAAGUUACAUUCUGUGUUGCUACUCAGCACUGACGUUAGGCUUCUCCU